CCAAACAUCACCCUCAACAAUAGACAAUCAAUCCCACCAACACACUAUAUAUAGCUACAUCUCACUAAUCACUAAUCAAACAACAACAAUGGCAUCCAUAGUAUGCUUCUUGCACCCACACCAGCCACUCUCCACCCCAAUUAGAAUCAUAUCACCACGCCAACUUUCAAUGAAACCCCACCCCCUAGUCGUCUGCCAGGCGGCCACCCACGAACCAGUGUCUCGUCGGUUGGCUCUAACUGUUCUAAUCGGUGCUGCUGCUGUUGGUACCAAAGUUUCACCCGCAGAUGCAGCGUAUGGUCAACCUGCAAAUGUUUUUGGUAAACCGAAGAAGAACACGGAUUUUAUGACGUACAACGGGGACGGAUUCAAGCUGUCGAUACCAGCAAAGUGGAACCCGAGCAAGGAGGUAGAGUACCCUGGUCAGGUGCUCAGAUAUGAAGACAACUUCGAUACGACAAGUAAUCUCGCGGUCAUCGUCACCCCUACGAACAAGAAAUCCAUCACUGAUUAUGGUGCCCCGGAGGAGUUCCUAUCCCAGGUGAAUUAUUUGUUAGGGAAGCAAGCUUUCUUUGGCAAAACAGCUUCUGAGGGAGGGUUUGAAGAAGAUACGGUUGCAACGGCUAACCUAUUAGAAGCUUCAACUCCAGUGGUCGACGGGAAGCAAUACUACUACUUGUCGGUGUUGACUAGAACAGCCGAUGGAGACGAGGGCGGUAAGCAUCAAUUGAUCACUGCGACAGUGUCGGACGGUAAACUGUAUAUAUGCAAGGCACAGGCUGGUGACAAAAGAUGGUUUAAAGGAGCCAGGAAAUUUGUUGAGACAGCAGCAUCUUCCUUCAAUGUAGCAUGAUGUAACGUUUGUAAAAUUAGCUUGUAAAAAUUUCCAUCUUUUGUAUUUUAUAACAUAGGUUUUUGUUUAAA